UGGACCACAAUUGCUGUCGCUCGCCGUCUCCACCUCUGCUGUUCCCCGAGGGGCUCUGUCACCUUCUGCUUUGUGGCUUGGGGUGUGUGCCGAGGGCAGCCUCCAGAGCAGGGUCCCGGCGCACAAGUUGCUCCGUAAACCGUGACCGAAUUUCACUGAGCGCUUUGCCCUCAGCCUUUACAGAGUCAGCUCAGAGAGCGGACAGGAAGGAGAAGGCCUCCACGAUGCCUGGCUCCCCAGCCGAGGUGAAGACGCAGCCCCAGGCCACACCCCCCAGCAUGCCACCCCCGCCGCCCGCCGCGUCCCAGGGGGCCACGCGACACCCCCCCUUCACACCCCACACAAAUCGAGAGGACGGGCCUGCGAUGUCUCUGCCCCACGGCCGUUUUCAUGGCUGCUUAAAAUGGUCUAUGGUCUGUCUUUUGAUGAACGGCAGCAGCCCCUCGCCCACGGCCGUCAGCGGCACCCCAUCCACGCCCAGCGGCUUCAGCAAUGGCCCAGCCACCUCGUGCACCGCCGCGCUGUCCACGCAGCAGCUGCCCCCGGCCUGCGGGGCGCGGCAGCUCAGCAAACUCAAGCGCUUCCUGGCCACCCUGCAGCAGUUCGGCAGUGACAUCUCCCCGGAGAUCGGGGAGCGCGUGCGCACGCUGGUGCUGGGGCUCGUGAACUCCACGCUGACCAUCGAGGAGUUCCAUUCCAAGCUCCAGGAGGCCACCAACUUCCCGCUGCGGCCAUUCGUCAUCCCCUUCCUGAAGGCUAACCUGCCCCUGCUGCAGCGGGAGCUCCUGCACUGCGCCCGCCUGGCAAAGCAGACCCCCGCCCAGUACCUGGCCCAGCACGAGCAGCUCCUGCUGGAUGCCAGCGCCUCUUCCCCCACCGACUCCUCGGAGCUCCUACCGGAGGUCAACGAGAACGGCAAGAGGAGGACACCUGACAGGACCAAAGAGAACGGGUCAGACCGCGACCCUCUGCACCCGGACCACCUCAGCAAACGGCCGUGCACCCUGAGCCCCGCCCAGCGCUGCAGCCCCAGCAACGGGCUGCCCCAGCCCACGCCGCCUCCGCACUACCGCCUGGAGGACAUGGCCGUGGCCCACCACUUCCGGGACUCCUACCGCCACCUCGACCCCCGGGAGCUGCGGGAGCGCCAUCGGCAGCUGGCCGUGCACGGGUCCCGGCCUGAGGAAGUGAUUGACCACAGGCUCACGGAGCGCGAGUGGUCAGAGGAGUGGAAGCACCUCAACAACCUCCUGACCUGCAUCAUGGACAUGGCCGAGAAGACGCGGCGCUCGCUCACCGUGCUGCGCCGCUGCCAGGAGGCCGACCGCGAGGAGCUCAACCACUGGAUCCGGCGCCACAGUGACGCCGCCCAGGACAGCAAGAAGGGCCCCGCGCCCGCCGCCCGGCCCCUCGGCAGCUCCGCGGGCGCUGAGGGCUCUCAGCUAGAUGUCCAGCGGGAGUCCGUGCCUCGGACCCUGUCCAGCUACGUGCCCGAGGAGAUCUGGAGAAAGGCUGAGGAAGCAGUGAACGAGGUGAAGCGGCAGGCGAUGUCGGAGCUGCAGAAAGCCGUGCUGGACGCCGAGCGCAAGGCCCACGAGCUCAUCAGCAUGGAGCGAGCCAAGAUGGAGCGGGCCCUGGCCGAGGCGCGGCGGCAGGCCUCCGAGGACGCCCUCACCGUGGUCAACCAGCAGGAGGACUCCAGCGAGAGCUGCUGGAACUGCGGGCGCAAGGCCAGCGAGACGUGCAGCGGCUGCAACGCGGCCCGCUACUGCGGCUCCUUCUGCCAGCACAAGGACUGGGAGAAGCAUCAUCACGUGUGCGGCCAGAGCCUGCAGGGCCCCUCGGCCGCAGCGGCCGAGCCAGUGCCCGGACAGCCCGACGCCACCCCAGGCCUGGGCCCCUGCCUGCCCCCGGCCGCCGCCAGCCCCAGCGAGGCGGGCUCCACGGGGCCCUCCCGCCCCGGCUCCCCCGGCCCGCCCGGCCCGCUGGACGCCGCGCCCCGCUGACCCGCCCGGACCCGGUGCCCAUCGACCCACCCGGCCCCGCCCGGCCCGCUAGACGCGCGCCCAGACCUGGGAGCCAACCUUGGGAGUCACUGCUGCUACUGCUUCUCUCCAAAAGAAAACAGAACCAACAGGACUGCAUCAAUGCAACUUCUCAGCUACCUGACGAUCACGCCUCAACCUCUCGCGCAUCCCGAGAAACCACCCGACGAGCUUUAGGCAGCCGGACGGACGCCGGCCGGAGGUGACCGGCUUGUCCACACCCGCCUCUCCCUCUUUCUCUCUUUCCUCUCAUUUUUCUCUCUUUAUGACUUUCACACACUUUCUCUUCAAUGAAAAAAUCUAAUUGUUUGGUGGCUUAUAUUUUCAUUGAAGAAUUUUGGGGGGCUGUUUGGCAAAAGAGCUACUCAGAAAUGGACAAAGAAAACUGUGGGGUUUGUUUUCCCCCUUCCUGAUUCAAAAGGGAAAAAGAAAACUGUUCUUUUGUAGCCGGAGAUCUGAGCCGCUGUGUCCCGGAAGCCACCCCCCAGGGUGUGUGGCCGGUGCAGCGAGGACGGUUAGAAAGAUGUCAAUUUCAGACUCAAGAAGUAAUUUUUGCUUUCAGGGUUUUUUUUUUUUUCCUUUAAUGUCAAACUGUUUGGCUUUAAGUAGAAAUCCAAAAAGUUUUUUUAAAAAAAGGUGAAGGAAGCAUACCUGUAAACUACCUUGCCAGCUAGCCAGCCAAGGACGCCGGACACACCUCUGCUCCAAAGGAAAUCCAAAAAGCAAACACGACAAGUCCAAAUCCACAAUUUUUUUGUCGCUGCCAAAGUAUUUAUUUCACUGUCUUACUCUACGCCUGGGCUUGUUCAGAUGUCGGUCUUUUGCUUUGAUUCUGUUCGGGGGGGUUGGGAUGUUGGGGUUUGAAGUGUUUUGUCCGACAAGAAGCGACUUCUUUCUUUUCAACUCGACAGCAGCACCUCCGCCGGGGCCGGGUGGGGUGGGCAGCUCGGCCCUCGGCACCCACGCGUGCGUGCCCGUCUGCGUGUGCACCCGGGGCACGCCCAGCGUGCGUCUGCACACGCGCAGGGAGGGUACCUCGUCUGUCCUCACUCCAUCUGUGAAUUUCCGUCACAUUUCAUUCUUUCCAUUGGUGAAAAAGAAGUGCUCACGUGUCCUUCCCAGAGAGAACAUAAUUCUGAGACGAAACUGUGACAAUCUUUUGGGUUGAUUCUUGACUGCGUUUCAAAGCGCGAGGAGACAGCAACUGCGCCGUCAACUGUUGCUUCUCGUUGUCAUCCUCUACCUCUGCUGCCCGCUCCGAGAAGCCUCCCGCCCACCUCGUCUUUCCGUCCCAGCCCCUGUGUCUCCUGCAGCUCCACACUUCUGCAGAAAAAGGAAAAAAACGACAAAGGAAAGCAAUCCGCCCUCCCCGCACCUUCUGGAGACUUGAUCAGCUGUAUAUAACCCUGCAUUUUUGUCUAGCUGUUCCUCAGGGGAUGUUCUCUCCGAAAUCCCCCCGCCAAGCCUAGCCCUGUCCCCCCACCACACUCAACUCCCCCAGCGAUCUCAAGGAGGAAAUAAAAGAAUAAGGAAAUUCUGAUCUGUACCCAGUGGGAGAACAGACAGCAAACACGGUCUCCGAUCUGUGUUUUCUUGCAUGGCUGUAAGGAGUUCCCUGGACUGGAGUGCAAUAGUGACCAGCUACUGAAACCGGGUGCCCAGGGGCCCCACCGAGAGGAAGAGGUCAAUAGUCUGCGAUAAUGUGAAUGUAUAUAGUCCUUGCAGAGGUCCAAAUGAUGAUAUUCAUGAUGAUGGUAAUAAAGAAGAGAUGUUUGCCAAAUAAAAAAAAAAA